GGAGAAGAGAGACAAGGAAGGGGAGAGGAGGAGAGUGAAUGUGAGAAGAAAACACAGGAGAAGAGAGGAGAGCUUGGAUCUGAAUUGACAUUAGCUGCAUUGUCUUCCUGUGUUAUUUACCUCGCUGCGUCUUUGUUCAGAGCAGGAAGGCAGGGGAAGAGAUGAGACGCUGCUUUCCGCAGAAACACUGAGGCUGCCUGCCUGUCUCUCUGCCUGCCUGGUUGGCUGGCUGUGCUACCGGGAAACCCAUCAAUGUCCUUCCCUUUGUCUCUCCAUAAUUGGCCACGGCAGGUUUCAACAUCCAGGGAGGAGAAAAGCGACGUGGAAAGCUAAAAAGAGAGAACAGAGGAGAAAGAAGAAAGGAAGGAAAAAGAGAAAAGAUGAUGAAGGGAGGGGGAGCCUCGUGACAAUGUUUUGAAGGGGAGACAAAACAAAAAAGCAGGGAUCGCACACGGCCAGAGGUACAUAACCAGUGUACUGGAUGAUAUUUGGAGUAAAUAUCCUAAUACCGUCAAGGACAUUGAUGUCUUUUUAUCCACAAAGCUCAUACCUUCAUCUACAAGACUGUUGUCUUUGUCUUUAAGUGGCAAAUCAUCACUGCAGACUGAGGUUCAAAUGAGCAGCUUGUUAUUUGGGUAAUGUCUUCUUGAGAAACUGGGAGUCUCUAAUCAGAUCUGCAUACUCCCGACCACAAGGAUUUGACUCACUGCACAUCCACUCUACUGUAAGCUUAAACUGGCCUCAAUCUAAAAAGUAGUGGACGUGGACGGAAACCAGACUUUGUGAUAUCAGAGAAGUCACAACCCCAAAGAUUUUCUGGGUUUGCCGGCCUCACAUUUGCACAUUUGAUGCUUCCAAUCCAAUGGUGUACCGGGUGUCAGUGUGACCCUGACUUACAGAACAUUGACCCCUACUGCAACAUGACGUCUGAAGAGCUCUUCCACCUGCCGCUCAAUGUCUAUAUCAUCAUCCUGGGCAUCGGCCUCUUCAUCCUCAUGCUCACCCUCAUCUUCUGCUGCUACCUCUUCAGACUCAAGCGACAAGGUGCAAGAGAACAGUAUGGUUACAAUGAGGUUGUUUUAAAAGGAGCGGGGAAGAAACUGAGCCUUCUUGGUCAAACAUGCGCGGUGUGUUUAGAGGAGUUUCGCAGCAGGGACGAGCUCGGAGUGUGCCCAUGUUCCCAUGCUUUUCACAAGAAAUGUCUGCUAAAAUGGUUAGAGAUCCGCAGUGUGUGCCCCAUGUGCAACAAGCCCAUUUGCCGCCUCCAGCCUGACCCCCCACAAGCACCUGAGCGGCCACAGAGUCUCCUGGAGGUCUGAGAGGGGGGAACAUAUGUCCUGCAACACCUCACGCACUCCAGUCGGUUGGCACUCCUCACUAAAGAGCCAGUUUCACCAUCCAACAGAUUGGAGUUUUAGUAAUGCAAGCAUUUUCUAAGCAGAGCCACUCUGGAAGUAGAAAUUAUAUAAUUUUCUGAGUUUACAUGCGGAGCCAAAGAGCCUACCUGGUGAACUAUGUUGGAGGAGAUUAUAACACUUAGAUGUGGUAAAGGUAAUGGCCCAUCACUAAUUCUUGAUAUGACAUUCGUGAUAGCAGAUAAAGGCUAACCAUCAAGCCUAGAUAAUGCAAUUUUCAGCACAUAGCCAGAUGCUUAAGCAAAGUGCCUUAAAGCUGCACAUCCUCUUAACAAGACUACACCCGUCAGCAUUGCCACACAACGAUGAGGUAUCAUAUGUGUCAAAAUCACAGUUUACUCAUGAUAGGUGACCAAUGUAGAAAAAAGUGAACAAUUGGUCAACAGCUCUAAAUUAUCUGGCUUCAUUUAGUUGCCAAGCUAACAGUGAGACAUAAAUCUUAAACUCUGGCCCUCAGAAAUCUCCUUCUUUAUUUCAUGGACAUCACAAAUGUCUCUUUUGAUAGAAAGAAAGGUAUCCUUUUAAAAUGGGCUUCAGUUUAAUCAGUUACUUGUCCUGCUGGAAACCUGAGGUUAGUUUCAUCCACUGCAGUGCAGUAGUUUUUAAUGGGGUGGCCAGAUUGCGGCCCUGAAAAUCUUGGGGUGGCACACUAAAAACAAAAGCCCUAACUGUAUUUCAGGAAUCCAAUUAUGCUUUCUAAGUAAAUAGACAAGUCGAAAUCUGUCAAUAUGAGAGUUAAGGCAUCACAUACUGAUAUACUUUGGUUUCUCAUGAUUAAUAUUGCCAAUUAUCUGAUGUGCAUAAUUCCUACUGUUAAACUUUUUAAACUUUUUGAGUUCCACAACAAUCCUGUUUCAAUGUGUUAUGUAUCUAUUGGCCUACAUGUUAGGCGAUUCAUUCCUCAAAUAAGCUGGUUGUCCUUUGUGCAUUAAAAAGACAAAUAUACAGCUUUAAUAUGAGCUCAAAUUUAAUUUCAGCUUAUUGAUUAUAAGGAACAAGCAUUUCCUGGGAACAAGUCUUCUCAAGUUUCGGGGAGACUAAAUGUGACAUCGAAACAACAGCGUCAUCAACAUUAUGGCGUCAUCACCAAAAACAAAACUGGUGAAAGUACCAGCUAGUUGGGAAAAGUUAAAAGGGUCAGAAGACUUUCAUGAGUCUUCUACGUCUGUGUUUUCCAGACAGUUGUGUCUGUCCCCCAGCAUGUUAGGAUGUUGCUUUGGAGUUCCUGCUGUUAUGAUUUCUGCCCCAGAGCAGCUCUGCCUCUGAGAUAUGUUUGUAUGACAAACUCCAGUCUGCCCAUUCUCACUUUGCCCAAAAAAAUGACACGUAGCGCCACAUGAAUAUAACGUGUCUUGGUCUUUCACCACAACUUAAGAGGCCUGGAGCUUGUACUGAAGACGAUUGAACCACCAGACACCAGCUUUGAAGAUAUCAAAACCUCCUUUGGCUCACCGAUGCCCAAAAUUUGAUGGCAAAUGCAAAGACUGUAAUAAAUGGAGAUAUGGAAAAGAGGACAAUUAUGAACCAAAUAGAAUCACAGCUCUACGAAUUUUGGCUGUAAUCUUUUAUUGUCUCACAGCCAGUCGGCUCUGUAUGUUGCCAAGCUGAGUGACGGACAAUAGUGAGGCCCUAAAUGGUGAGACAGAUGUGAUCUGAUAGAAGAGGUGCUGUCACAUGUCUGUUGAGCUACGACAAAGUGAGUGACUGAACCAGUAAAUUAACACAUAAAGUAUGUAUGUGGGUUUUAAGUUAUUUUUAAGGAACUGUUUUGUAUCAGCUAUUAGUCAUAACUGGCUUUCAGUAAAAGGUAUUGUGUGUCAGUGAUGCUUUAACACUUUUGACUGUCAUUUGUCAAACAGCUGGAUGUCAUUGUUGCCAGUGGGACAGAUGAAAUGUUAUGUCUAAGAACUGCUCUGUACUGUAGUGAUAUAAAUAGACACACUGCACUGAUAUGAAGAGCCUGUCUGAGCUGGUUUCUUGUCUGAGUGAGGUGCACCAUAAACAUAACUCUCUGUAUGUACCAUGUAAUAUAUUAUUAUGAGUACUGUGUAAAUUGUAAAUGCUUUAACAUUUUCUGACUUUAGGAGAAAAAAAAUAUAACCGGUGUUUUGAUAUGGUCA